AUGAAGAAAACCAACAUGUGGUUCUUGGAGCGGCUUCGUGGGUCAGGGGAGAAUGGAGCUACGGGGGGCGAGGGUGGGGACAGGGCCGCCAAGGGGCCCCUGUACAGCAACGUGCUCACGCCCGACAAGAUCCCGGACUUCUUCAUCCCCCCGAAGCUGCCCGCCGGCCCCACGGAGCUGGAGGCUCAGGCUGAGCUGGGGCCCUCGACCUCGGAGCAGAACCUGGCCUCUGCCGCGCCCCGCCGCGCCCCCCGGAGCCCCCGGAGCCCCCGGCUGCCUGCCAAGCUGGCCGCCGAGAGCAAGAGCCUGCUGAAGGCGGCCACCAGGCAUGUGAUCCAGAUCGAGAGCGCGGAGGACUGGACCGCCGAGGAGGCCGCCACCAACGCCGACCCCCAGGCCCAGGGGGCUAUGUCGCUGCCCUCGGUGCCCAAGGCCCAGACGUCCUAUGGCUUCGCCACGCUGGCCGAGAGCCCCCACACACGGCGCAAGGAGUCUCUGUUCCAUAGCGAGCACGGGGCUCUGGCCCAGGUGGGCUCCCCGGGCACCCGGCGCCGUCGGGGGGGCGUCAAGGCCAACGGGGGCGAUGGGGCGCCCAGGGAGGCCGGCGGUGCCCUCAUGAGCCCGGGCCGCUGCGUCAGUGGCGGGGAGAGCGACACGGGGUCCUCGGCCGAGUCCUCGCCGUUCGGGUCCCCCCUGCUCUCGCGCUCCGUGUCGCUGCUCAAAGGCUUCGCCCAGGACAGCCAGGCCAAGGUGAGCCAGCUGAGGCACUCGGUGGGCUGCCACGGCUCCCUGUCGGCCGACGACAGCACGCCGGACACCAGCCCUGGGGCCCGGCGCCGCCUGGCCCGCAGGGCCACCCCGGAGCCUGGCCCCGAGGCCGGCGCCGCGCCCCGCGCGGAGCACGCUGUGCGCAUAGGCCCGCGGGGCAGCGUGCGGCUGCUGGCGGAGUAUGAGGCGGCCCAGGCCCGCCUGCGCGUGCGCCUGCUGGCGGCCGAGGGCCUCUACGACCGGCUGUGCGACGCCCGCAGCAUCAACUGCUGUGUAGGCCUGUGCUUAGUGCCCGGCAAGCUGCAGAAGCAGCGCAGCACCAUCGUCAAGAACAGCCGCCACCCCGUCUUCAAUGAGGACUUCUUCUUCGACGGCCUGGGGCCGGCCAGCGUGCGGAAGCUGGCGCUCAGGAUCAAGGUGGUGAACAAGGGCAGCAGCCUCAAGCGGGACACCGUGCUCGGGGAGAAGGAGCUGCCCCUGACCUCUCUGCUUCCCUUCUUGUAA